AUGAAAUUUUGCUCAUCAACUAUCUUGAUCCUGGCUCUCGGUGCGUCGGCUGAUGCCACCAAUAUCAGGGGAGUUGACCUCGGACGCGGACUUAAAUCAGGAAACGGCAAGAGCAAUGCCGAGAGGGACAUGAAGAACGGAUGGAAGAACGGAAAAGAAGGCGGAAAAGGCAAGGGAAGCCAAGCGAUACCGUGCUGUCGGCGCUGGUUCAAUUUCAACAAGAAGGCAUCACUAUUGGUUCAACCAUUGCCCUCCUCCCAGAGGCGUCUGAUGCCUCGGUUUCUGGAGCACGUUCGGGAUGGUAUGAGCGGAGACACAGACUUCCCUCAUGGUCCCCUGAAGGCUAUUGCCACCGUUGGUGAGCGGAGUACGUGCGAUGACUCUCUUGGCGAGAAGAUUGUUGGGGUACCGGAUGGACUCGGUGUAUACCUCGUGGACGAUGAUAUGUACGAGUUGUCGUCCAGUCAGAUCAAUGAUGGUGCUGCCACCUUUGGUGGCUCGCACGUCCAAUACGUUGACUACAAUCGGGAUGCAAUGACGGGAUUCAUGACAAGUGAUGUGCCCGCGUCAUCUAUGGUCACAGGUUUUGGAGAGAUGAUUGAGAUUUCUUACAACCUCAAAGGGGAGCUUGUUGGCCCCCGUGUACGCGAUGGUAACACAACCGUUGGUGCCCAUUAUGCGAACACCGACGCUGCUGGAGCUUAUGUUGUCGUCAGCGAACCAGCGGAAGCUGACUGGCUGAUGCAGAGUCUUUGCUCUGCCCACUUGGAACAGACGCAUCAGUGGGAUCGUUUUAUUGGUCUGGAAGAUGACAUCUUUAUCACAAAUGAGGAAUGGAUGAUUUACGAAAACGGAACCUUGUUUGUUGGUAUUGGUGCUCAUGCCAUCGAUACCCACACCAAGACGGACUACUCGCUCGGAGUUUUUGGUCAAGGUGGUUUCGAAAAAAUUGCUGAGAUUAACUCCCAGCACCCAGACUACACCAUGUUUGCCGUGUCUGGUUACAACGGAGAUUUAACUGGAAACAGCGCUGUCCUCCAAGCCCGUAAGGAUAAAUACGGUAUGCGCCCUGACGGGGAGGAAUACGUAUGGUCUGAGAAUGUUGUUCCUUUCCGCAUUUUCGUCGCUGACGACUUCCUUGCUCGAAAUGACCUUCGGUACGGAAAACUCUAUGGAUUUGCAAUUGACAUGAGCGAAAGCGGUCCCUCCGGUGGUAUCUUUCGGGAUGAAUUUCACCAAGAUCCAGCCAAAGCCAAGAAUGGAGCCAAGGUGGACGGAAAGUGGAUUUCCGUUGACUGGACUUGGGAUGGUGAAGUCAGAAAUUUCCAGCACGAUGUUGCUUGGGAGUUUCAAUUGAAGCCCCCAGGAACCUCUGAAGGAAGUAGCAUGGAGGAUUACCAGUGGUGGAAUGCUGGAGGGCUCAGUUCUAGUGGACUCAAGACGGAGCAUGUGACGCCAGAUCCCCGUACAGACACGACUGGCUUUGUCCAAGGCAGCACUGCCGGAUACUUUGGGCACUUGUACGGUGAACUCGACAUCACAAGUCAGGUGAAGCUCGGUGGAAAGGGAGAGUAUGCGGAUGGUCGCGACGCUACCCGCAAUUGGGAUGAUGCCGAUGGCGAAGGAAAAGUCACGUUUAAAGACAUCGACGGUCUCGAAGUUGUAUACAGUAAUGACGGCAAGCUGUACGCUAUUAUCCAGGAAGACUCUGGAAACGAUCUAGGUGAACGCAUGUUUAUUACCAGUCCCCUCGAGCAUGAAGAUGACGGUGAAGAGCUCACUUACUACUUUAUCGCGAUGAGUGGAGGUAGUCGCAAUACGAGAAUGACUGAAGGAGUUGGAAUCCCCAAGGGCACAAACUGUGAAGCCAAUGCCCACGAGUUCUCCGGCAUCUUUGACAUGUCUGGCUUGAUCCGUAAACAGGAUGGAGAGUAUAUGCUGUCUGCUUCCGAUGAGGGACAUCACAAGCGAAAACAGGACAAAAAAGUGAAUAUCAACGACAAGACCAUUAUUAUCGGUCUGCAGGCCCAUAACAUGUACUGCGGUGUCAUUGAAGCCUUCCAAGCCGACCGCGGUGGUCAAUGGCUCUUGUACAACCCUCAUAUUCCCAUCUAA